AUGAACAAACGUGAGGAAACGUUAUGGUCUUUGGGCUCCGAAGAUCAAAUGAUGAUGAUUGAUUCUCUGAAUCGUAAUGAAGAAAAAUAUAAUAAUGAGAAUAUUGAGAAAUAUCAAUCUGAAUCUCCAUGCGGUUUAACCUCUUCUUUGGCAGCAGAAUAUUCAUCAUUAAGUCAUCAAGAGGGAUUAUUAGUCUCAAUAUUUGAAUAUUUGGAUUUGGAAACGAUCGGAUUGAGUAUUAGUUUAGUUUGUAAACAUUGGAAUUCUGUGGUGAAGAACACGCAAACGUUAUGGAGAUCAAUUUGUGUGAAUGAGUUGCAAUGGCCACUUCACGUCUCUACCGAUGAAUUAUUAUUCCAGGCUCAACUUCAAGAAAAAAUUGAGAGUGGAGAAAUGGAUGCCUUAUCUUCUCCACUUCCCUCAUCUACAAAAGAUAAGGUGGCAAAAUCCAAUGGAAGACGAGCGAUUACUAUUUGUGGAAAGAGUUUUGCAUGGAAAGAUUUUUGUUAUCUUUUGAAAUUACCAGCAACUUUGUACUUUUUUGCCAACUCAAAUACAUCCAAGAAGGAACUCAAUGAAUAUUAUGAAGAACUUACCAAUAACAGUGCCUCAGAAAGACCCAUCGAUGCCGAACACCCUGACAUGAAGUAUAUUGUGUGGCGAGAUGUACCUUUGAUUGAUUGCAUUCACACAGAACUGAAAGUAUUACAAAAACAAAAAGUACUCACUCAAAUUUCAUGCGACAAGCUUUAUGAUUUAUUGAUUCCAAUAAUCGACAAAUUAAUGCCGGAACCGCUCGUACCUUACGAAAAUAAUUAUGUCGCACGAUUUCGAGAACUGGUUCUUGGAAAAAACAAAUUUUCUUUCCUAUUUACAAAGAGUAAUUUUCAAACUCUUUCAAAGCAAGUACGUGAACAUGUCACUAAUCACAACUAUUCUUCGUUUGGAGUUUAUUUAUUGAAUGACGACCAUCAUGACAUGGGAGUAGUGACCAAACAAUUACGACUUGCUUUCAAAAAUAAUCUUGAUUUUGAAUAUUCCGAUUCUCUCAUGUUUAAGGCACAUCUUAAUGAUGAAUGUUUACUCUUUGAGUCAUCAAAUUUAGAUAUAUGCAUGGAAACUGUUAAGGUUCUCACAGAAAUCGAUCUUCAUGUUAUUCUAGCAUUGUCAGAAUUUGAUGCUCUACAAACAAUAAGAAGAAGAUUUGCUGUGAAUAGUGAAACUUUAGAAGUUUAUUACGAAUUCAUGCCUGAAAAGAUGACUGUCAACUUUGAAAAAGCUCUCAAGAAAAGUACUGGAGAGAAAGAAAAGUUUGUGGUGGCUCUCUACCGUUCACACGUUUCACCUCAAUCUCUCAUACAAUCUCUUCGAUCCGUAUUUCCACAAUUCAAUGAAGUGGAUUGUAUUGGAAUUUAUUUCACAUUGAAUACUUAUGGAAUGUGUUAUGUUGCAUCAGGGACCUUUGAACAAUGCAAAACAGUUGCGGAACGAUUGAAUAAUCUCUUUUUGAAUGUCAUGGUGAAAACGGAGCAAGAAGCAAUGGAAGAAAGUGAGUUGGCAGAUGAGGAAGAAAGAGAGCAAGCUCAAGAUGUUCAGGAAGGUGGUCAAAUGGAUGAUCACGAUGAUGAUGAGGUUUUCUAA